AUGUACGAAGACCCCUACAACCCAGCCGCCGACCUCCUUUCAUUUUUUCGCCACCCCCGCGGCCGCUCGCCCACUGGCAGCGAUUUAGAUGCGAGUCCUCCACUCAGCAGCGCGGAAAUCGUCCGCCUCCGGGAAGAGGCAGCCCGGAUCGUCAAGACGAUAGGCACGCUUACAAUCCAGCUAGAAGAGAUCCAGCAAACGCUCGCCACCGUCGUGUACCCAGUCAACACCCUUCCCGCCGAACUCCUCUGCCGGAUAUUUGCGGCAGCCGUCUCGUCCUCUCCUCGGAGCCAGGUCAAUUACACAUUGUUGCACAUUACCGCAGUGUGCCAACGGUGGCGUAGUGUUGCGCUUGCAGACCCCCGCCUGUGGACGCGCGCGUGCUACUGCAUCAAUGGCGAAAAGCGAGAUCUGCUGUUUGAGCACUUCAUUGCCCGCACCCAAGGGCUGCCAAUCGAAUUCUCGACUAUAGGUGGUGAUGAGUAUCGCGAGAUUCUCGGUCAUUGGUGGUUUCCUGAUCAUAUCUUCGCCUCUGCUUCCCGAUGGGGAGAGGUAGAUUUGUCUGCCGAAGAGCCUUCGAUCUUGACGCUCGACGCACUGGGCACCAUCGCUGCUCUGGAACUUCCGUUCCUUUCGCAGAUGACGCUCGAUGGCUGGACUGCUGAAAUACUUGCUCCAGAUAAGCACCCGAAGUUCCACUCGCAAAGCACCCCCCAGCUCAGCGAGCUCGCGAUAAGCAUCCCAAACUUAGUUUUCGACCUCGCUUUCCCCGCACACCAAUUGCGAAAGCUCACAAUUCUUCGCCCGGCCUUCUACCGCGACAUCCUGUCCAUUCUGCCUCAUCUAAUAUCCUUGGAAGAGCUGUCGCUGUCGUCACUUACAAUCGAUUUGGCUUUGGCUUUCGACGACGAGCCAAAAACAUUGUUGACCAUGCCCCACCUAUCUGCCCUGUGGCUCCUCGGCAUCAAGAGCCCCGUUGUCUUGUACUACCUCGUCCUACCCUCCCUCGCAUCGCUGCAUGUAUCGGAUUUUGAUUACAGCGAUGCUGAGUCUGCCAUCAACCCAUGCAUUGUCCGCUCUGCCGCGAGCGUUGUUUCUCUAUCUCUGGUACCGAACACUUAUAAUGCCUUUACUUACCUGUUGUCUUCUGCACUGGCUUCUGUAAAAGACCUGACGGUAACCUUAUUCCCUAUGGACGACAACGGUGGACAAUGCUGUGCUGCAGGCCUCGCCGACUUUGACAAACUUCCUAACCUCGAGUCGUUAACACUUGUGGUUCCUGUCGCUACCCCGGGUCCCGUCAACAUUCGUCCAUUCUUGGACGGAGUUGCCAUGCGAGCCACCGGUGCAAUGCUCGCUGACGUUGAAAUGAAGCUCACUCAGUUUGUGGUCGAAUUUCCGCCGUAUGGUAUUUCUCCCGAGGACAUGCGCGACCUGGAGCACCUCCACCGACAGCUUGAUGUGCCUGUGCGCAUGCCGAAGGGCUAUCCGGCAGGACUGGUGCAGAAGUCCUGGGAUUGCCGAGGUCUUGAAGAUGAUGACUCGGAGGGCCUUGAUUCUGAUUGA